GCCGUUGUAGGCUAACUAUGGCAGACUACUCAACAGUACCUCCACCUUCCUCGGGCCCAGCUGGUGGUGGUGGCGGCGGUGGAGGGGGAGUAAACGAUGCUUUCAAAGAUGCGCUACAGAGAGCCCGGCAGAUUGCAGCAAAAAUUGGAGGUGAUGCUGGUACAUCACUGAAUUCAAAUGACUAUGGUUAUGGGGGACAAAAAAGACCUUUGGAGGAUGGAGAUCAACCAGAUGCUAAGAAAGUUGCUCCUCAAAAUGACUCUUUUGGAGCACAAUUACCACCAAUGCAUCAGCAGCAAAGCAGGUCUGUAAUGACAGAAGAAUAUAAAGUUCCUGAUGGAAUGGUUGGAUUCAUUAUAGGUCGAGGAGGUGAACAGAUUUCACGCAUACAACAGGAAUCAGGAUGCAAAAUACAGAUCGCUCCUGAUAGUGGUGGCCUUCCAGAAAGAUCUUGUAUGUUAACUGGAACUCCUGAAUCUGUUCAAUCAGCAAAGCGAUUAUUGGACCAGAUUGUUGAAAAAGGAAGACCAGCCCCUGGCUUUCAUCAUGGUGAUGGACCAGGAAAUGCAGUUCAAGAAAUUAUGAUUCCAGCAAGCAAGGCAGGAUUAGUUAUUGGAAAAGGAGGAGAAACUAUUAAACAACUUCAGGAGCGGGCUGGAGUUAAAAUGGUUAUGAUUCAAGAUGGUCCUCAGAACACUGGUGCUGACAAACCUCUUAGAAUUACAGGAGAUCCAUACAAAGUUCAACAAGCCAAGGAAAUGGUAUUAGAGUUAAUUCGUGAUCAAGGUGGUUUCAGAGAAGUUAGAAAUGAAUACGGGUCACGAAUAGGAGGAAAUGAAGGAAUAGAUGUUCCCAUUCCAAGAUUUGCUGUAGGAAUUGUAAUAGGAAGAAAUGGAGAGAUGAUUAAAAAAAUACAAAAUGAUGCUGGUGUUCGAAUUCAGUUUAAACCAGAUGAUGGAACAACACCUGAUAGAAUAGCACAAAUAACAGGACCUCCAGACCGAUGUCAGCAUGCUGCAGAAAUUAUUACAGACCUCCUUCGAAGUGUUCAGGCUGGUAAUCCUGGUGGACCUGGACCUGGUGGGAGAGGGAGAGGGCGAGGACAAGGGAACUGGAACAUGGGACCACCUGGUGGUCUACAGGAAUUUAAUUUCAUUGUGCCAACUGGGAAAACUGGAUUGAUAAUAGGAAAAGGAGGUGAAACUAUAAAAAGCAUAAGCCAACAGUCUGGUGCAAGAAUAGAACUUCAGAGAAAUCCUCCACCAAAUGCAGAUCCUAAUAUGAAGUUAUUUACAAUUCGUGGCACUCCACAGCAAAUAGACUAUGCACGGCAACUCAUAGAAGAAAAGAUUGGUGGCCCAGUAAAUCCUUUAGGGCCACCUGUUCCCCAUGGGCCACAUGGUGUCCCAGGCCCUCAUGGACCUCCUGGACCUCCAGGACCUGGAACUCCAAUGGGACCGUACAAUCCUGCACCUUAUAAUCCAGGACCACCUGGUCCUGCUCCUCACGGUCCUCCUGCUCCAUAUGCUCCCCAGGGGUGGGGAAAUGCUUACCCACAUUGGCAACAACAAGCUCCUCCAGAUCCAGCUAAGGCAGGAACAGAUCCGAAUUCAGCAGCUUGGGCUGCUUACUAUGCUCACUAUUAUCAGCAGCAAGCACAGCCACCACCUGCAGCUCCUGCAGGUGCACCAACUACAACUCAAACUAACGGGCAAGGAGAUCAGCAAAAUCCAGCCCCAGCUGGACAGGUUGAUUAUACUAAAGCUUGGGAAGAAUACUACAAGAAGAUGGGUCAAGCAGUUCCUGCUCCUACUGGGGCCCCACCAGGUGGUCAGCCAGAUUAUAGUACGGCCUGGGCUGAGUACUAUAGACAACAAGCAGCUUACUAUGCUCAGACAAGUCCACAGGGAAUGCCACAGCAUCCUCCAGCACCUCAGGGCCAAUAAUAAGAAGUGGACAAUACAGUAUUUGCUUCAUUGUGUGGGGGAAAAAAACCUUUGUUAAAUAUAUGGAUGCAGACGACUUGAUGAAGAUCUUAAUUUUGGUUUUGGUUUAAAAAUAGUGUUUUCUUUCUUUUUUUUUUGAAAAUGUACAAAAUUAACUAUCACUACUGAUAGGAGGUUAAUAUUUCUGUGUAGAAAUGAAAAUUGGUUUGUUUUUUAGUAUUUAGUGUAGAUGUACACAUUCCAGCAAAUGGAUUUACAACUAUUAUGUGGUCAAUGCUUUGUGAUAUAAAUGUACUUUUUCAAUGUAUACUUUCACUUUUAAAAUGCCUGUUUUGUGCUUUACAAUAAAUGAUAUGAAACCUC